UGGAACUUGGAGAGAUGCAAAUACUGGACUAUUGCAGGGUCACUCACUGAUCCAAUGAUCUCGCCAGUCUUCCUUUCUUGGGAUGGGGACAGAAAUUCUGUGUCCACAUGGGCAAGUGUAGCAAGAAAUGAAGAUCGUCUUUGUGGCUUGCUCUGGCUCUUUACAGUAAAUGAGCUCAAGUUGCUCUUUGGCUCCAGACAUCUCUAGAUUCGGCCACCACUCCUUUGCUCAGCUGCAAUGCUGGCCUUCUCCCACGUUCAUCCGGAGAGCGGCUCUGAUCAAGAGCUGGUGCAGAAUCGCGGCUGGCCGCAUGUGAAGAAGACCUUCGGCAUGGUUGGAGCUCUCUUGGUGGUCUUUGGGCUGGCUUCGAUGCGCUUCUCCAACCAGUGCAUCAAUUUGAACAGCUUGCAGGGGAAAACCGAGCUGAAUGUGGAUGAUGCAAUCCUUAAGACCACAAAGAGAUUGCUCAAAGUCAAGGAUCGCAGUCUGGCAGAGAGCACUGUCUUGAAGGCCAUGAAGCAAGCCGGGCACAAUGCACAAAAGGACUGGGAGAAACAUCACGUUCGCAAACUUGACACCCUUGCAGUUCUCAAAGGACGCCAAGCAAUCAAGGACUUCCGCCGUGGACAGCAUAUCAAGGAAGCCGUGAAUGUAGAAUGUGCUUUCAACGUUCUGGAGGCUUUUCUUUCGGUCGUCGGCAUGGGGGAUGACAUCAAUGGCAUCAUCCGAACCUGCCCUCCACCUCGUGACGGCGAGUCCGAAUUGGCUUGUCAAGUGGAUUCAUCCAUGUUGGUGGCUUGGGUGGGAAAUGCUGCUGCAAAAAUCUCUUUGGCAGCUUCCAACUGCGCUUUGACCCUCAAUGUGAACUCUGUGUGUGCAGCAGGGGUCAGCGGCUUGGUUUCUGCCCUUGGAGAGAUUGCUGCUGGUGCUUGUUUGACUGGUGCUGCGUGCGCACCUACCCCUCCUUCGUUGAGUACAAGCCAAAUCAGCGUCUUGGGCGACCAUACUGCCCAAACCGGCCGCAGGCUUUUGAUCGGCCAAGGACCUGUUGGCAAUGGUGUGCAGUGUGGCGUAGAUGUUGGCAUGGUGGCUGCCAACAUUGCAAACUUGGGACUUGCCAUCAACAAAGCGGUGAAUGUAGAACGCUGCGGCAAGUUUGCGACUGAAAAGUCUCCAUUGAAUGUCUUGAAGGGAAUUCCUGAUGCGCUUUGUGUGGUGGAUAUUGCAGGAGCAGUGGCAUACAUUGGUGAGGUUGUGACAUUCAUCAAUCUGGUUGUGGUUCAGUGCCAAGACUUCCUGGAUGCGAGUGCUCUUUGUGGGGUUUCCAUUGCUGCUAUUACCACAGGUGCUGCUGCCAUCGCUGCAUAUGGAGGAGCAGUGCAUGCCGCUUGCCGCUACAACCAUUUGUUGAAGACUCCGAAGGCUGUGGCCAAGAUCAACGAACUUCCUUUGCAUAGACGCUUGGAAGAGGAGCAGCAAGCACCUGAAGAGAAACCUUCCUUGAAGGAGAGCUUGGAAACAAUCCGCCAGAACCGCAUGAGCUUGGAGAAGCACCUUGGUCACUUUGGGAUGAACAUCUCUGAUAAGUUCACAUACAGCCAGGCAGACAAGGAGACCUUCUUGUAUUUGAUGGAAGGUGGACUUGAGAAGUCACGUGCUGCUGAUCCAUUCUUUCAGGAAUGUUAGUUUCUACCGUGCUGGUGCCAUACAAGUAAGGAGCGAGGCUAGCAUUUUGCCAGUUGAGUCUUUUUGCUAGACUCACCCACGAUGGGUGAUCCAAAGCUGGCAGAAAGCAUUCUGCUAGUCAUGUUGCUUGCUAUAAUUUUGGGUGGGCCUUUUCCCACCAAUUCAGUUUUUGGACACCAAUUCUGGGUGAUCCAAGGCUGGCAGAAAUUGUUCUGCCAUUCUUGUUGCUUGCUCUAAUUUUGGGCGGGCCUUUUUCUCAUUAAUUCAGUUUAUAGACUCACCCAUGGUGGGUGAUCCAAGGCUGGCAGAAGUCACCAAAUUCACAGCGGUCUGACGUUUGCAGCGAAGCAUCGUUUGCUUCUGCCAGUGCCCAGACCCGAACGGGGGAAAA